CCUAAAGCUUCUACAAUUUUCGGCCGUUCAAGGCCGAAUUUCUAGGCGUAGAAGGAAGAUACGGGCACUGUGCAGUUUGCAGUGCUUUUUCUGUGUGUGGUUAAGGUGGUGCACACUUCUCGCGCCUUCCUGCUUUGUGAAAACCGAAGGCCCGGGCCGGGGUGACCCUUAUAACGCCAAUUUAACUUUAAUUGCUCAACUCUCUUGGCCGGCCCUCGCAAGGGGCACAUUCCUGCUCCUAAGUUCCCAUAUGGUGUCGAGCAGCGCAGCAAGCCUAGCCGGGUCUGCAUUCCGCAUCACUUCCUGCAUGCCCUUGCUAAAGUCGAGGCCGCUGUCUCGGGCUGUCUGUCCUCAGCUGGUCGUAAGCCUUACAUAUUAUCAAAACGUGGUGCAGCCUUCAAGAGCAACAUGGCCCCACAGGCGGCUACGCAGAGCAAGGAAUGCAGCAAAGAUAACAGGGGUUGCGUUGGAAGCGUGUGUGUGCAUGUGGCGCUGGCCCAAGCGGCGCUGGCCCGCCUCGCACUGGCCCAGGCGGCAUUUGCGCGAGCGGCGCUGCUUCCCAAGUCGAAAGUGCCGCCCAAGGACACCACUUAGGUUAUGCAGGUGCCUUGCUUCAAUCUGCAAACACUGCAAAGCGUAGCGUACUGACAAUAAGCUUAAGCUUAAGCCAUUGACAGUGGAUGCCUUCUGGCAUGCGCAUGAGCAUGAGCAUGUAACUAACUCCUUCC